UUAAAAUGACUAUUUCUCCUGGUAUUUAAAUUGGCAAAAAAGUCAUGAGCCCAUCCCAAUUAUCAGCGAGAUCUCAACUUAAGUGUACCAAAUUCUUGUUGAAGAGCAAAGCCUACUUUGGACAAAGUCUGCCUCCUCCUGGUGUAGCAACACAUUUUCAGCAAUGGACGCAAGCUUGAAGGACACAGCCAACAAAUUCAAAAGCAUGCGCCAAGAGAGGGUUUAUAUAACCACAAAGUACCACUCCUAUUACAGUUACAGCUUUAUCUGACAGCUCAAGGACACAUUCACUCCUUGUAUGCUUUUAAACCUUAAAAUGAGGGAGGGUAUUAUAUUGACAGCAUCUCAACCCACCCACCGGUGUACAUUUUGUCUUAUUUGAGCUUCUUGAGAAAAAAAAUAGUAACAAUAAUAUGCGACAGUAUCUACAGUACUUGUCACUGCAAUGUGAUAUAUUGUCACAAAAGCAGUGCUUUGUUUUCAAGGUGCGUCUGCAUGCAAUUUAACUUUCAAAUUACAAAUCCUUUUAGUGGAGGAGAAUGCAAAUGUACCUGCUUAAAUUUUCGCGUUGGAUACACAUGUACAAGAACGCUGCUGUACUAAUACUAAGGCAUAGGUGUCAUUUAUUAUUAUUUUUUUUUAAUUAGAUGUCAUUUUUUAAAACUGUGUUAUUAUGAUCUUUUGAAUGUGUGCAUUCGUUAUAUACUAUAAGUCUAACAGAGCACAGACAGAUCUCUUCAGAUGAGUUCUGUUUACAGAGAUUAAAAAAAUGGUUCAUACGUGUGUUUGUGUGUGAGCAUUCCAAUGCGGUGCCCUCUGUCAUAUGUGCGUGCCUGCAACGGCACAUGCUGGCAUCUCGCUCUCUGGGAGAUCACUGACUCUGGUUUCAGUAGGCCUGUCGAUAGAUCAGGUUGACAUUUUAGUGACCUGUGAGCCAGACAGACGCUGAUAUUGAGUUGAUGUCCUUCCAGACUGACACUCAGAGCUCUUAAUUUGUUCCCCAGACACCACAGCCAUUUAGAUCCCAAUCUAUGGCAGAGAAGAGGGAGUAUCAUGUUGACUGGUCUUAUUUCCACUGUUACUAGGCAAAAUAGGCUGGAUGAAGAUAAUACAUUAUUUUGGAUUGUGUUCUUUACUUCUGUUGGGUUUUUGCAGCUGCUCCAAUAUGAAUUCUAACAGACAUAGUGAUAUAACCAUUCAGAGGUUAACCUUCAAAUAUUCACCUUGAGGAGGACAUAAUGUCAAAUUAUCCUUGCAGGAGUCUUAAGUCACUAAAUUAACAAACCAAACAAUGCCUUUGAGGAUUUUCCUGCAUGUUUGCGCAAAAGUCACAGCAAGACACUGUGACCAUCUGGAAGAGACUGGCAAAUAAACGACAGAUGCCUGAGAAAGACCUUGUUGUUUGACUAUUACACUCACAUCAUUGUUUGAAUAUCUGCUCCAGGGAACAAGGAAACACACACACACACACACACAUACAUACAAAUCCACAUUUAUACACAUAAAAAAAAGGCAACACUCAAAGUUUUAACAGUUGUUCCUCUUAUUUGAUCGUCAUUAACUUUUAAAGGUCAGUGUUUAAAGGCACGUUGGUCUUGAUCCAUUUUAUUGUACACUAUUUCCCAACAUUUAUUGAGCCAAGCCAAGGCACAUAUUGUAUUUUAUGUCAGAAAUCACACAUAACACUAAACAAAAAUGCUACAAAAAGUGUACUUAUUGAAGUAAUGAUGAUCUCAAUUCUCAAUGGACUUAGUGUGAAAUCUAGGCUUGUUUAGUUGAAAACGAAUGUAUUAUUAUAUUGUAUGAAUAAUACAGGUGGAUAGGUUAAUUAUACAUUUGGCCAUCUAGUUUAUAAGCAUUUCAGUGUUCUGUCUGUCUGCGAUUGGCUUGCAACCAAUUCAGGGUGUACCCCGCAUCCUGCCCGAUGAUAGCUGGGAUAGGCUCCAGCACUCCCGCGACCCUUGUGAGAAUAAGCGGCUCAGAAAAUGGAUGGAUGGAUGGAUAGAUGUGCUGUCCUUCACUAUAUGUUGCUGGCAUAGAUAGAGGGUCAAUUCAAGUGUAUUUGUUGAAGUUGACAAAGAUCAGUGACAUCCCCUGAUCCACUAUCUAUUAUUUGUAGUAAAUAAACUAUUGUGGGACCAAUUACAUUUCUGUUUCUCAUGGCACUUUCACACUGAUAUGUUUGGGAAUAACUGGUUUAGAUGCAGUCAUUUGCAAUGUAAAUAUGAAUUAAAUAUUAAAGUGGUGUGCUGGACUAUUUGCCCUAUAAAAUUAACAUAGCCUCACUUAAUGUUUUAUACACUGGAUACUUUGACAAUGAUGCUGCUUUACAACUUAAUGCAGCCACUGUAUUUUAGUGUAAAUUUCAAUUUUCUAGAGCGUCACUAAUAUGUUACUCAGCAGUUCACUUAGCAAGUCAGUCAGGCGAGUUGAGCGUUGCCAACUGAGCAGGAAGAAGUAGCCAACACAAAGGGGAGCACAGCUCUGUCUAUUUUCUGUUAACCCGAAAUAGGAGAAAUGUCUAACGACUCUUCGUUCGGUUCGGUGUUUAUAGACUAGGUUGUGUACUUGUAUGAGCUUGUGUUUCUUUUUUUUAUGAGAAAAGAGUUUGCUGUGUGACGACCACGGACAAUGAACUCCCCUGUAUUCGGUGAAUGGUACACUCCGAUGCUGCGGGUCUGCUUCAGCCUGUUUCCUCGUUAUCUUCCCCGGAAGAUCUCUGGCCGCGCGGAGCACCUGACCGUGGCGGUUACACACGGCUGGGAAAUGAGGGAAACGUCGCUGUUUUGCUGGCCAUAACCUUCCGCGAACUGGGAAAACGGCUACGGGGUGCCUUCGUCCGCCUUGUGUGAGCGUUAAAAGGGGCAGCGGGACAGUUCUCGGUCGUCGGUCGCGAUGAAGCAAGGCGGCGGCGGCGGCGGCGGCGGCGAGGCGGUCGUGACUGUCCGGGGAAUGAAUGGCGCAGAGAGAGCUGGGCGAAGGAACAAGGCUUGUUUGAAUUGAACGCGUACAAAAAGACUGCUGCUAUUUUGUAUUUAUUUAUUUAUUAUUAUUAUUUUUUUUAUAAACACUACGUCACCACGCCUGUUGCCAUGGACCUAUAAACACCUGCCGGAGAAGAAGCACCUGGUGUGAGUGUUCUAUUGAAAUGGCGAACUGAACACUCAUAUUUUCUGUCAAGCCAAGGUUAGCUGAAGGUACUUACUGAAGUGUAAGGACAAGGAUGCUCGGUGUGAAUGCAAACUGGACAUAAUUCACAUUUAUGUCUACAAUUGCUCAUCAGGGAGGCAAAUGGAAAACAAAAUGAAAGCCACAUGCCACAUCAGUGGAAAUUAAAGGUACUCAAGUGUAAGGACUGAUCCCCAAGGGUAUGAAUGCAGAGUGAACAUAAUACACAUUAAUGUGUGCAGCCACUCAUAAGUGAAGAGGCAACUUGUUCAAUGCUGGACAACAAAAUGAAAGAGACAUGUCGCAUCUGUGGACGGGAUCUGUGUGGCAACCAGCGCCGAUGGAUCUUCCACCCGACCGCCAAGCUCAAUCUACAAGUGCUGCUGUCACACGCUCUCGGCCAGGAGCUGGGGCGGGAUGGUCGCGGGGAGUUCGUCUGCUCCAAGUGCGCCUUCAUGCUGGACCGCAUGUACCGCUUCGACACUGUGAUCGCCCGGGUGGAGGCCCUCUCCAUCGAGAGGCUUCAGAGGCUCCUACAAGAGAAACAUCGGCUCAGGCAGUGCAUUGGCGGACUGUACAGGAAAACAAACUUGCUGGAGAAUGCCCUAACUUCUGCGGAGGAUGGUGAUGCACCAGGAGACGGGAUGGUGGAUAUUUCAGGCCUCACCCACGCCAAGUACUGUGCCCUCCUCCAGGAGGACCUAGUCUACUCUUUGUAUGAAUCCUGGGCCGACGAUAGCGUGGAGUGCCACCAUCACCACCACCCCCAGUCUUCAGCUGGGCUAGGGUCAGAGGUUGCAGGAUCUCACCGUUGUAUAGCCACCACUCCUAGAAAAUGUCAGGGUUGUUCCCAUUGGCGUGUGGCAGACUCUGACUAUGAAGCUGUUUGUAAGGUGCCCAGGAAGCUCGCGCGGAGCACGUCCUGUGGCCCCUCCACCAGAUAUUCUGCCAGUGUCAUUGGAGGCAGCGGUGGAGGUGCGGAAGUAGAGGAAAAAGAAAAUGGUGAUGAGCCAGAUGAACCGCCAUCCUCUCUGACACUCGUUCCUGGUUCUCAGGAUGUGUCAAGGACUUCAGAUAGCGACCGCACUCUAGCAGGAAGAGCCAGCUCCAGCCCCUCUAUAGCAUCCCUGGAGACAACCGAGGAAUACAUUCAGCCUGAAUGCAUGACAGAUGAACUGUUGAACUCUCCCAAGGACCAGAUAUCUGACACCACCCCCGAGGGACCUCCACAUGGCCAAUCCUUCCCUGCACCAAGCUUCUCUGUGGCCCUUUGUUUGCUACAGAAUUAUGCUGUCCACCGACCGGUCCAAAGCACCAAGGGCAGUAAAAUUCCAGUGCUGCUUAAACGGAGCUCCAAUCAUGGAAGGUUGGACUUCCCUUAUCCAGUUCUUGAACUGACCUUUGGAAGUCCGGGUGGUGACAGAUACCACCGCAUGCCGACACCUGAACUGGAGGCCCCCCUGAUCCAACUGCACGUUGGGCCGGACCGUGGUCUUAACUCGGCUGGUAUCGAAGACUUUUCAGAAGAUGUUUACAUAGAAUAUCCACCACCAAAUCCACACCAGAACCUUGUUGAGGAGCAGCAGAGCCAGCUUAACCAAUAUGAGUGUGCAGCCGGCCAGUGUGUCAGCGAGCUCCAGAAGGCCCAGCUGCAGGUCCAGUCCCUGCAGGCCAAAAUCCACGAGAGUGAUUCCAACAAUAUGAAGCUCCAGGAGAAGCUGAGUGAGAUGGAGUGUGAGCUUCAUUCCCUCCGCCAGGCUGCCCGGAGUCAGGAGAGAACCAUCCGGGACCUCACGGAGUCCAUUAGCACCAAAGACUGCGAGGCCCAGGAAUUGUAUCAGCUGGUCGAGGGGCAGAACGUCACAUUAUACAAGCUGCGAGAGAUGGCCCACCGUAAUCAGCUCACGCAAAGCAAGGCUGCAGAGUGGGUCAGUGAAUCCGUGACACUCGCCCAGCUGCAGGGAGAGCUGGUAGGAGUACAGAGCUCCCUGUUCUCCCUGGGUCUGGAACUGGAGGCCAGCCAGAGAAGUCUCAGACAGAGUCAGCGACAAGGCAAAGAUCUGGCCCGCUUCAAAGACAGACUGAACGCGGACCUGCAGGAGGCGCUGCAGCACAGGGAAGAGACUGAAAAAUACAAUCAGGACCUGCGUUGCACCCUCCAGAAAAUUCGUGCCGAGCUGCAGGCUAAAGAAAAGGCUCUGAAGGAAGCUGUGGCAGAGAGACUCACUGCUGUCCAAGAAAAAGACAGAAGCAUCGCACAGCUCAAUCACUCUCUUCAGGACAAGGAGCGACAGUUACAAGAGUACUCGGAGAUGAUAGAAACACCAGAAAGCUCCAAACCAAGAGAUGCACUUCUUGAGAAACUAAGAGAGCGCAUUAAAGACAGAGACAGAGCUUUGGAGUGCUCCAUCGAUGACAAGUUCCGCUGUCUGGACGAACGUGAGGGUCAAGUGAGGACGCUACAGCUGGCGCUCAGGGAGAAGGACAGAGACUUGGACAGGCUCCGCUGCAUCCUAACCAACAACGAGGAGACCAUCACGAGUCUGGAUGCUCUAGUGCGAGGAAAAGAGGUGGAGCUGGAGCAGGCAGCCGAGGCCUACAGGAACCUCCAGUGGCUGAAGCAGCAGAGUGAGGAGAAGGAGACGAACGCUUUGAGGGAGAAGGACACCAUCAUCGGUCAGCUACAAGCAGCACUGCAGGCUCGCAGCAAGGAGACACAGGAUUUGACGGGAGCACUGGUCGCCAGAGUUCAUGCCGGCCCCACCGAGGUGGUAGAGGAGCUGAAGGCUCGGCUCCAGCUGAAGGAGAAGCUCUUCCAGGAGCUGCUGUCUGACCGUAGCCGCCAGUCAAGCGAACACCAAACACGAGUGUUAGACCUGCUCAACACCCUCAGUGCCAAAGACCAGUACCUGCAGGACAACUCGUACAGGCUGUCUUUGGUGAUAAGCGAGCGCACAGGUCAGCUGCAGGAGGUGCGCAGGCAGCUGUCGCAGAGAGAACAGGAGCUGUGCGAGCUGAACCGGGACAAACAGAGAGAGACGGGCGGGGAGGUGCAGCAUCUGCAAGGUCUUCUCCGAGAGAAAGAAGCCUUACUUAAGGAGAUGAUGCAAAGCCAGGAGGAGGUAAUGAUGCAGUCAUCUACAGAGAGUGAGGAAAAUGUGAAGGCCCUCCAGGAAGAGCUGCAAUUAAUCCUCAAGAAGGAGAUGGAAGCCCAGAGAGAACUCUCUGCUCUGCGUUCAUCUUUGGCUGCCCAACAGGCAAAGAGAGUCGCAACAGAAAGUACCGAACAUGUGCUGGAGCAGCUUGUGUCAGAGUACCGUCAGUUGAAUGGUGCCCUGAGGGCCGAGAAGAGAUUAUACCAGAGUCUCAAUCACGCAACUGGUGACAGCAGCUCAGACAAGAUCCUGGCCCUCCACACUCAACUAGACUCUGUUCAGGCACUCCGCGGACAGCUUGAGGAGGUCCUAGCCCGGAUUCAGAACAUGGCCCUCGAGUUGGAAAGGGCUGCCAAAAGGCAGCCUGAUUUAGGAGAUGUCAGCUCUGGCGAGGAAGAGGAGGGGGAUGAUGAAGACGGCAGCAGCGACGAGUUCACAGACAGCAUCGAGGAGGACGAGAAAGUGACAUCUGCGAGUUUGCCUUCCAAUCAGACUAAAAGGCCCUGUGGACAUGAAGAAGAGUGUGGAUUCCUGAGGACUAGCACACAGACAGUUGAACUAGAGCUGAAAGAAAUACAGUCACAGCUCGAGAGGGAGGGAUUCACCUCGGUGACCCAGAUGAGGAGCACGCUGGAAAGGCUUCAAAAGGAGAACCUGUUCCUAAAAGAACAUCAGGGUUUGGGAUCAAACCACAGGAGUCUUGACCAGGGACAGGAUGAUGAUGAUACUGAGAAGGAGGAGGAGGAGGAGGACUACAUGGAAGAUGAUGAAGAGGGGCUAACAUCAUCAAUGCCUGAUAAGGGCUUCAAGCAUACAGGGGGCGUUAGCGAGGCAGAGCUGGGUCUCAGGGAGCAUUCGGCCAGGCUUUGUUCCGAGAACCGAGAGCUGCAGGAGAGGCUGAUGGUGUCUGAGGCCACCGUCCACGCUCAGGCCGAGCAACUCAAGGACUACAGAGACCUGCUCACUGAGACGACUGUGCAGCAGGCCAGUAAGCAGGUCCAAGUGGAUCUGCAGGAUUUGGGCUAUGAGACUUGUGGACGCAGCGAAAAUGAAGCAGAGAGGGAGGACGCCAGUAGCCCAGAGUUUGAUGACCUCGAGAUGUGCACGUCAUUGUCUCAUCAGCAGGAGGAGAGCAUGGGUGGAGGCUGGUACGCUGCCGGUAGAAACGGACAUAACGGAGGGGCAUAUGAAGAAAUUGCGGAUAAGUCAACUUUGCAGCACCUUGUCCAAGACCUGCGCUCCCAGCUGACCCGCUGCCACAAAGUGAUCCGUGGGCUUCAGAUGCGUGUGCGCUCCCUGUCGGCCACAAGCGACUACGCCUCCAGCCUGGAGCGAACCUCACGCAAGGUAAACUGGGCCUUUGAGAUGUCGCCCGCCCAAGGGGGCGUGGAGGAGGAUGAAGGCUGGAUGUCCGACACCCAAGCAACUUCACUCGGGCCCAAACCCAGUCGCGAGCUGCAAAAACUGAUGGCACGUGUUGCCACGUUGGAGGCACAAUUGAAGAGCUCCAAGCUAGAGGGGAAGAACCAAGCAGAGAAGGGCAAAUGUGCCACAUGGCCUGGGAAGUACAACUCUCUCAUCCAGGCCCAAGCCCGUGAGCUCUCCCACCUGAGGCAGAGGAUGAGAGAGGGUGAAGGAGUCUCCCAUAUACUCACCCAGCAUCUGGGCGACACCACCAAGGCCUUUGAGGAGCUACUGCGGGCCAAUGAUGUUGACUACUACAUGGGGCAGAGCUUUAGAGAGCAGCUUUCACAAAGCACCGCGCUGGCUCAGAGGCUGCUCACCAAGAUCAGCGGACGAGCGGAGAGCCCUGAUGACAAGACAGGUCAUGAGUUGCUCGCCCUGCAGCUAAGCAAAGAACUUCAACAGAAAGAUAAAAUCAUCGAGUCUCUCCACAACAAGCUGCAGCACCGUCCUGAGACGCCAUCCAGCUGCCAAGCCCUCUCGGAGACCACCGACCCAUCAGACAGGACCUCCUUUGUGUCGGAUGAGUGUCAAACCAAUGAAGACCUGGAUCUGUGCUCUGAUUUAGACGCCCGAGAGUAUCAGGAUGAGGAACAGCGGCUACAAUCCGAUCAAGAUGCCCAUCCAUCUAUCACUCCUCCUCGUGGACCCCUCCAACCCUCCCUCAGCUGUCCUGGCACGCUUUACUCAGCUUCUGUGGGUUUGACCAGUCCGUCCUUUAAAGCCCCUCUCAGUAUUCCCCUUUCCUCGUCCUUCCCUCCCCCUCGUGACCCUGAUGUCCGGGGUAAGGAGGUCACAAGUGACCCACGCCUUAGAGCCCUGUCCGUGAUGGCUGUUCGCCCAGAGCUGGACACAUUGUACAAACAGAUGAAUGAGCAGAUAAGGGGGUUCCCGGAUCUUCACGGCAAGCCUCGGUUUGCUCUCUCACCCGGUUCCCCCAACCAGUGCGAGCUCUCCGGCUACAGCCAGCUACCCCAUCACACCUUUCAACAGUACCAGUUGGGCGGCAUUCCUGAGGGUCACUCGCUCAAGUCAGACUCGGGUCUGCUGACAGGAGGAGGGGCUUUCUGGGACAUGGACAACAUGACUCAGCCUAUGGGGAACUAUUCUGGAGUCCCUGGACAUCUCCUAGGAAGUAGCCAGACAGGGCCGAAUGUAAUUGAAGAGCACCUACGAGAGGUGCGCUGUCUCCGCCAGCGUCUGGAAGAGUCCAUUCGGACCAACGAGAGGCUCCGACAGCAGCUGGAGGAGAAACUUGCGAACCCUGGGCGUGACGGAGGUGCACCAACAAACAUCUACAUUCAGGGGCUGGACACAGUCACACAUCUGUCUAAUGAAAUCAGAGUCCUGACAGACGAGAACUUGAAUCUGCAGUCUCGUCUGCAGGCCAGCACAGACUCGUGUGAGGAGCUGAUCGCAGCGCGCACUCGCCUCAAGCAGGCCGAGCUGGAGGCCGAGCAGUGGAAGGAGGAGUUGAGACGACUUCAGACGCACAGUGAGGAGCAGGGACAGCAGAUCCACGACUUGAGGCAGGAGAGGCAGGCCAGCCAGGAGAAGAUCAACAGAGUGCAGCACGAGGCGUCUCUACUACAGCAGCAGCUGGGUGAGAGCAGGGAGCUCAUCCACUCCCUGCAGACCGAACUGCAUGUUUAUGAUCGAGUGUGCUCCAGCUUUAAAUCCACCAAAGGCUUCCUGUGCGAGACCCCCGGCCUGCCCGUGGAGUUGGGUGAGCUACUGAGCGAGGUGAGGAGUCUGCGAGCCCAGCUGCAGACCAGCGUCCAGGAGAACAGCGCCCUCAAGCAGCUGGAGCUCCACAAGCAGCUGGAACAGAAGCUGGGCGGCGGCUCCCCUCGCACGGCGUCCCUGUCGGCCUUCAGCGCCAGCCCGCAGAGAGAAAACUUCUACAGACGACCGUUGCUGCACGACCCGGCCCCGUCUCCACCUGUCAGGGACAUUGGUCUCUUUAACUGUGGAUCUCCCUGUCCCCCGUACUCGGACCAGGAUGACAGCCAUAGCACUGCCAACGACCCUCUUGACCUUCACUCCGAGCUGGAAGGUGACGCCCCCGACGGCUCGUUCGCCAACCGUUAUGGCCGCCACGCCGUCGGUCACGUGGACGACUUUACCGCUCUACAACAGCAAGUCUUGGAAGGUCGCGGCAUCGUGCAGCGCAUGGAGGCAGCGCUGCACGCAUGCCUGAGCCCUCCUUCACCAUUAGGGGGCACCCAGAAACAGAACAGUGAGAUGUUCUUGGAUCAUGGCAGUGCUAAGAGUCUCCUAUCCAACACCAAGACCCUGAGGCAGAUUUUGGAGGAGACAGCAUCUCUUCUGAAGAUGUUUUGGAGGGCGGCGCUGCCCAGCGCUGACGUGUCCAUCCCGAACCUGAAGAAGGAGCAGUCUAUGCAAGAGGAGAUCUUGUCCCUCAAGCUACGCAUGUCUGAGCAGGAGGAGGUCCUGAAGGGGACGAUUCACAGACUGAGGAGCACCAGCCGCACCAAGGAGAGCAUGGAGCAUUUCAUAGUCAACCAGUUGUCGAGGACUCGUGAUGUUUUGAAGAAAGCCAGGACAAAUUUGGAGAAGAACGAGCAGAGACUUUCCUCUCUAAGCUCCUCCUCUUCCUCUCCCUAUGCCGCUGAGAAACCAGGAGGUGACGCCCGAGAGCAGCCUGUUGAUGUCCUUUGCCUGAGGACCGACCGCAUCAAAACAAGCCAAUGUCCGGCCGCUCCAGUGGCCAGGAAGCGCACCAGCCAAUGCUUGCUUUAGACCACCUAACAACCAGCCUCAAUGCCACCACCUGUGACCUCAAUAUUAAAAAUAGCCAAGACUUUCCCCCUCCUCUUUAACGUCCAACUUCAACCAGGCCUUGACAAACUCCCUUCACCCUCUUUAGCCCCCAAAACUCCACUUAAUGAUGUUCUUUGAGUGUAACUGUCAGCAGUGUGUGUGACAGAAGGUGUGUGAAAUGUGUCCGUGGUGGUUUCAGUGACAAGCCGGAUAGAGCGGCUUGAAGAUGCUCCCAAACGGGGAGCGCCUUCUUCCGAAAGCCUGCGGAGGGGAAAAGGUGUUUUGUGCAUGUUAAAAUGAGGUUUGUGAGAGGAACACUGCACACACAUACAAGUUUGGGGUCACUUAGUAAUGUUUUUUAUUAUUAUUAUUAUUUUGAACAAAAGCACUGGCAAAAAAAAAAAAAACAAGCACUAUGACUAUUUCAUAUCAUACUCAGUUCGCACUCACUUCAUCCAGUUUAAAUCUUUCAAAUCCCGCUCAUCUCCUGUCACUUCCAGUGUUCCACAGGGUUCUGUUCUUGCCCUCCUUCUGUUUAUCACUUAUCUCAUUCUCCUUGCCAAUAUCCUCAAUAAAUAUAAAAUCUAUUUGUACUGCUAUGUGGAUCACACCCAGCUCUACCACUCUGCUAAUUUUAUCCAUUAACUUUUUUUUCUGGUGUAGCUAAAACGGUGCCUAGUGCUGCACUUCGGCUUGGGCAUUUUCCUCUCCCCCACUAUUUAAUAACUUGAGCGCCCUCAUUCGCAUCAGCAGUUAUCCGGCGCAAUUGCAACAUGCAGUUAGCUAGCUAGCUAUGCCUACACCCCCCGAAAAUGCAUCUUCCCUUCAGAUGGUGGCUGCUUUAGAGCGCCUCGUUGUCAGCUGUGAGUGCGAACACAUCACCCAGAGUAAGGCGGAAAAGUGAGCAGGGGGAAAUUUUAAAAAAGAAAUACAAAGUCAGUAGAGGGUGUGGACCAGGGCUUAAGCACUGGGAUUAAAAAAUACAAAAAACUUAAAUGCAGUUAUUAAUGCUUAUCUAAACAAAUAAUAAUAAUGACAUUUUUAAGUGAUCCCCAAAGUUUUGAACGGUAUUUGUAUUUAUACAGUUGUGUGUUUUCACUGGAAACAUGACAUUUUCUGGUUGAUCCCAAACUUUUGAACAGUAGUGUGCAGUGUGUGUUGUCAAGGAAAGUUCACUCAAAGACCAAGAAAACAAAAAUCCUUAAUUACAACAAUCACCGAAUUUGUUUUCAUCUUUUUGCUGAGGCAAUGCAUCAAAUUCACUGACAUUCACAAUAUAUCAGCAGACAAAAUGGAGGAAUGUUGGCCUGGGAGCUGUUUUGUGGCUGUAUAUUUAAUAUUUUCCGCAUCCAUCUAUUGCAAGUCAUAGAUACCAGCAAAUGGCUCCGUGUUUUGUCCACAGCCUCCUUUUCGGUCCUUCAAGUGGCAAAAUUUGGCAUUUCUAAUGAGCAUGUGUGCUGAAUUGUGAGGUUGAACUGCCGCAAAAAAAAAAAAUGUAUGAGCAUGUGCAAUAAUGCUUGAAUGAUCACACUGGAGUGUCGCAUGAUCAUGAUUGUAAAAAAAAAAAGAAGAAGAAGAAAAAAAUCACGUUAUAGGACGGGAGAUUGCCAUUACUUGCCAAAGUUUGAACUUUAACUUGCCUUAACCAUGUGAGUGAGAAUUUAGCCUAUCACGAGGACUUUUAGAACCACGUGCAGCCAUUUUGGUUUGUUUCUCGUGGUGCAAUGAAUUUCAGUUUUGGACCAAAACAAAUUUUUUUUAAAUUCUCCAAAAGGCCUCAUGCCAUUCAUUUUGUGUUUCUAGGAUUUUGCAUUCUCAUGGCUCACGGUCAUGUUACAGAUGACACAAACUUUGGCAGGCUAACUGGUGGAAUCAUUGUUCUGUACAUUUUUGCUUUGUUUGAUGCUUGUACAUGUGCCAUUUGUGCUGUAAAUAACCAGCUUUUUUAACGUGUGUGUGUGUGAGCGUGCGCUUGAAUAAAUAUACAUUUGCUUUGUGCAAAGUUGAACAUUUGGGGUAGCUGUGCAAUAUCUUUUAAAUUGAUGUUAAACAUCAUUGUAUUUCAAGUGUGUUCUCGCUAUGUAUUAUUAUUAUUCAGCUUGUAUAAGCCACGUUUUGUGUCCCGAUAAAUCACUUUAGUCUUUAUGAUGCCCCUGAACACAAUAUUGUCCGCUUAUAUUAUUGCGUGGCUUGUCUUUAAAUUGAAAGCUUCUUUAGCUCAAACUGGGGCAUGUCCACCUCAAAUCUACCAAAAUUGAUUUUGUUUGACCUCAAGUGACAAACAAAAAGAAUUUACAUGAUUUCUUUUGGAGUGUUUUCCUCGCCAGAGCAGAAAAAAAAAAAGCCUUAUUGUUCAAGAAGAGAAUCAAAGCAAGCGUGAACACGAUCUUGAGUUGUGGAUGUAUUGUAUAUACUGUAGUUGCUAUUGAAGCAGUGCAGCUUUUGUUGUGGCUGGAAAGUUUUGCAUAAUAAUAGACAAUGCCGAUGCAGGACUCAUAUGGAUCCUGUCUCUGAUGACAGUUAAGUGUGUCGUGUUGCCAAAAAGUAUUUAUCGAUAAAACUUUUUGGGGAAGAACCAAUAAAACACCCCCCCUCAAAAAAAAAACUUAUCACUGGUACAUUA